UAAGCAGUCAAAUUAAUUAGCUCAUUAUUUUUUCACAGACCAUGAAGCCACGCCAGCUAUUAAUGUAUGACUUUAUUGCCUGCAUAAUAUAUCUACAAUUGUCUGCAAGCAAUUCUCAACCUUCAACCGCCCAACGGCAGCAGAAUCCGCUUUUAUCAGAGUUUUAUUCAGAUUACAAAAAUCAACACAACAAUGAUGAGCUGAGGUACGCUUAUCAUUACUUCGUUGACCAUCCAGAAUCAAUGGUGCAUUUGCAUCAUCAGGAGGAGCGCCAAGGCACAACAGUUAAAGGAGAAUAUGGGUUGUUGCAGCCAGACGGUUCUGUGCGCAACGUUUAUUACAGCGUAGACGGAAGUGGAGGAUUUCGAGCUAUUGUACGCACCCGAACAGCAGCCAGCAGCACACAUCAGCGUUUGCAUUUACAGCAACAACAGCCGAACAAACCCAUACAACAUGCGCAACCAGUGGCAUUCAUUAAUUGAAUAGUGGAACAUUUCAAAAUGUGAUUAGUGAAGUAGAAAUAUCUACAUACAUACAUACAUACAUAUGUAUGUAUAUGUAAUAUGAUCCUUUUUCCCAUUGUCGAAU